AUGCUUUUUGUAGUAAUUUUUUUUAAGUCUAAAAAUUAUAUUAUAUAUGAUCCCUUGUUAAGAGCUCUGGUUAGGAAGAUCCAAUUCGAUAAGUUUGUUAAGCGGCAUGGGCUUCACCUUGUUGGAACCGCCACAACUUGGUUCCUUUUGGAUAUUGCUUACUACAGCCAGAAUCUGUUCCAGAAAGAUAUCUUCAGUGCCAUCGGUUGGAUCCCAGCCGCGAAGACAAUGAACGCAAUUGAAGAGGUUUACAAGAUUGCGAGAGCACAGACUUUGAUUGCACUGUGCAGCACUGUUCCCGGUUACUGGUUCACGGUGGCACUCAUUGAUAGGGUGGGGAGGUUUUCCAUUCAGUUGAUGGGGUUCUUCUUCAUGACAGUUUUCAUGUUUGCAUUGGCAAUACCUUAUCAUCAUUGGACUUUGGAGGGAAACCAGAUUGGCUUUGUUGUCAUGUAUUCAUUGACGUUCUUCUUCGCCAACUUUGGACCCAAUGCCACCAGUUUUGUGGUCCCUGCCGAGAUCUUCCCUGCUAGGCUCCGAUCAACAUGUCAUGGCAUCUCAGCUGCUGCAGGCAAAGCUGGAGCUAUGGUUGGUGCUUUUGGAUUUGUUUACGCUGAGAACGGAAUUGGCAUCAGGAACACCCUUAUCAUCAUGGCUGUCGUUAACGUCUGUGGCUUCUUCUUCACAUUCUUGGUUCCUGAAUCCAAAGGAAAAUCACUUGAAGAAAUGUCUGGUGAGCUUCAGGACCAACAAGCUGUGGAUAAUAAUAACGUUGUUUAAGCUUUAA